CACAAAUUACAUGACUGCUGAGCUUCUUCCUCUUUUCCCCUCAUACUAUCGACAUCGACUUGAUUUGAUCUUGCAAUAAUGUUUGAUUUCGCUCUGCCGCCACAGCAUCUCCGGACAAUCAAGCUGACCGACGGUCACGAGAUCACUGCAACCGAGGCUGAGCUGUUGGAUCCACAGCGAACAGUAUAUCGUCUCAAAAUUGCACCAGAUCCAGCCCAGGAUAAACUCCCAACAACGCCUACCUCUGUAAUUGUUAAGCAACAAAAGGAGGAAUGGGAAGACGAAUUUGAAAAUGAGGCGACAGCCUAUUACAGACUGGAGAGGCUCCAAGGCGAAGUAAUCCCAUACUUUUAUAGUCGGGGUUAUUUCAAUGGGCGAUCUGCACUUAUACUAUCAGACAUUAAUGGGACUUCUUUGAAAGAUUUGGCUUACAGCAACAUGGAGACUUCUGAGGAUUUAUUGAAAUCUCUUUUAGAAGAAGCUUUUUCCAAGCUCUCGGAGUAUGGAGCUAUCUAUCGAGACCAGAAACUGGAGAAUUUCUUGCUAUGUUAUGAUAAAGAGUGCGGGAAGAGUAAGAUAAUGGUUGUUGAUCUUGAACAGGUUGAGUUCCCUCAGAAAAUUUGUCCAUGGCACCGUCAGAUCAACCAGGAGGGAGCAAGAUCUUUGAUUGAGGAUUUUCGAUAUAGGCGGAAUCCUGGGCGCAAAUCACCUCCCCUUCAGUUAUGGGUGUCUGGGAAUGGUGGGAGUCCCUUGAUCGGCGAGCUAGACGAAUCUGCGCCCGCAAUCAAUCAGCAAAGCGCGUCGAUUGCAACUUGGGCAAGAUAAAGGAGCAGGGUAGGGUUCCAUGCGAAUACAAUAUAGCAGUGUUAUUUUACAUUAGGAAAGAUACUACAACAGGAAACAUGUAUUAGCAAUUCGCC